AUGGAAAAGGAUAAUGACAUCGAAGUUCAAAAUAUUCUGUUAAAUGGCACAACGCCCAACGAACUAGAUGUAAAUAAGCAAUUAUCGCCUACUUUAAAUUCCAGUCGGCUUAGCAGUUUUCGUCGUACUCGAAGAAAAUUCAAAGAAAAACCGGCGAAACGACUUGUUGAUGUUAAACCAGAGCCAGAAAAUGUAACUAAUACGUUAGAAUUAAGCGAAAAACCCUUCAGUUUUCGAACGGAUUUAAAUUCGAUCGAUUCAUUGGACAGUCUCGAAGAAAUCGAAAAGAAUAGAAAUCUUGCAUACAAGUUGCUACUGAACAAUAAGAAAAGUGAUUCAAGUUUUACAAAUAAACGAUUAACAUCACCUGUGCACAAUGAUGACAAAACUAAGAAUUCUACUCAACCACCUGUGAAUUUAGGUAAUGACUCGAGUACGACUACUGAUUGUGAUAAUUUAUGGGAAAAAAUAUCUUCCCACCAACCUUCUCCGAUAAAUCUGCCUACAAGUUCGAAUUUUCAAACAGCCAAUGGUACAGCAAUUCAUAUUAGUCGAGAGGCUGCGGAAAAGCAUUCAAAACUCCUCGAAGGCGUCCUGAAUUCAAACCACUGUACUUCGAGAGUAAAUAAGUACAGUUUUCUAAAAAAAUCUUUAACACAAAAACAGAAAAGCGUAGAGGAUUUAAACGAUCCUAAUGAAUCAGAAGUUAAAAUUACACAUAAAGAUACAUUUACUGAAUUUAAUGGAUUUAACAAAAUUGAUGUUGCACUGGCAGUAAAAGUUUAUAGUACUUAUAUGAAGUUUAUCAAGGAAGGUGUUGAAUCUAGAAAACGUCCAUUAGAUAAUUGUGAGUUACCUGUAAAUAAGAAAUAUAAAACUGAUUGCAGUCUAUUGACCAAUGUGAAUGAAUCUCAAGAUAAUUGUGAUAAAAAAAGUGAUACACAAAAUGCCAGUUCCUCGAACAUUUUAGGAGGAUUUUCAAGUGCCUCAGGUAAAAAAGUUGCAUUAAACCCGACAGUAUUAGAAAAAACUAAGAAUAUUUUUGAUAAUGUAGAAUUAGAGAGCAAUUUACGCCAAAACAACUCUAAAAAUUUAGUUAAGAAUAAACUGGAAUCGUUUAAUAAGUUCAUAGGAAAUUCCAAUACUCCUUCGUCAAGACUUAUUGUGCACACAAAUUCCUCGACCCAGAAAGGAGGAUUUUCUACAGCUUCCGGCAAAGGAAUUAAAUUAGAUUCAGAAGUUAUAGGAAAAUAUAAAAGCAUUUUAGAAAGCAGUGAUAUGGAUGAAAACAUUCCAAGUACCAGUAGUAUUAACAAUUCCAAAUCUUUUAAAAUACCUCAAGUUCCAAAAGGACCUGAUAAUUUUUCCAAAAAUUCCACCAUGCAAUCCGGAGGAUUCUCCACUGCCUCCAAUAAAAGAAUAAAACUAGAUUCCCAAGCUUUAGGAAAAGCCAAAGGAAUUAUUGACAACACUGAUACAGAUAAAACUGUUGAAAGUUGCAACAAAAACAAUUUGGUAAAGAACAAAUUAGAAUUAUUUAAUAAGUUCAUCGGGGAUGAAGAUUUAUCGCCAUUAAAGUGCGCACCUACAGCAAGAGGGUUUUCCAGCGCUUCCGGUCAAAAAAUACAAUUAAAUCCAGAAGCAAUAGAAAAACAGAAAAUUAUUUUAGAAACAGACUUGCAAAAUCCAGAAGUAGCACAGACUGCUAAAACCCAAGCAUUACAAAAGAACAAGUUGCAAUUCUUCGACAAAUUUAUAGGAGACGAUCGUGAUUUUGUUCCGAAACAACCCUCAACCACCCCAAAAAAUGGUGUACUUCACAAGAAAUUAAAUUACUUUGAUAAGUUACUAGUCAAUGACAACCAAAAUUACAUACCAAAAAAACCUUAUUUAUCCACUAGUACUUCCAAAAGUAUAGCAACCGAAACUUCCAUCACCCCCAUAAAAAAACUCAAUAACUCCAAAGGGAGUUUCGUCAAGUCUAAAUGCGGACUUCGUUUAUCGCCCUGCAAACAAUUCUCUAUAUCAGAAUCUAAAUUACAAUCCGCCAAACUCUUAUUUGACGAAGACUUUGCGGGAAUAUCGCCAAUUAAGACUCCCACUCGGGGAUUUAACACCCCCAAAUCCAUCCCGACUUGUUCUACACCUGUUAAUUAUCCAACUGAAGUUCACAAUUCGCGUGCAGAUACAAAAAAGAAAAUUAUUUUCGAGGAAAAAGCAACAGAAUUACGGAGCGAUUCGAUAGUAACAUUCGAAACUCCUGCAGAUAAAACUGUAGCUGAGGUAGAAUCGGAGUUUGAUGAUAUGAUUGCGAGAUUAGAAGAGCAAUUGAAGAUGAUAAAGGAUAGACGGGAUUUUAUGCGAAAAUUGAAGGAAGAGAAGAGCGAAAGUGAUAAAAAGCCGAAACGAGGAGUAUUAUACCAAUCUAAAUCACACAAUAAUAAAUUAUCUCUUAAAUCUUUUAUAAAUAAUACCACUUUGGGACACAACGCUGUAGAAGAUUUGUUCUGCAUCACUCCACAAAACGCUGCAGAUAUUCAUUUCAAAGAUUCAUCUGCCAGCAUCACCACCGAAGAUGGAGCUACUGUAGUACCAAACACCAAAAAUCUAAUUGGUUUAAGCGAAAUUAGCCGGGCAUUCGAAGCGAUGCAAGGCAUAGAUGUUAAAUUGCUUCACAAAGAUUGGAUAAAAAACCACUACAAGUGGAUUAUCUGGAAAUUGGCCAGUUACGAAAGGAUGCUGCCCGGCGUUUUUAAAGGCGCUUUGACCGUUGAAAAUGUAGUGCAACAAUUGAAAUAUAGGUACGACAGAGAAAUCGAUAAAGUCGAACGAUCGGCGCUACGAAGGAUUUUAGAAAAAGACGACGCUCCUCAAAAGAGGAUGGUCUUGUGCGUUUCCGCUAUAAAAAAGUUGAACCCUAUUAAAUACAAUUUGGAAUUGACUGACGGCUGGUACGGCAUCAGAACCAUCAUCGACGAGCCUCUGUGCAAUCGAAUUGCACAAGGAACGCUGCGAAUCGGUGCGAAAUUGGUCGUGUGCAAUGCUGAGCUCGUCGAUUGCGAUGGAUGUCAUCCUUUAGAUGCAACAGAUUUGACCUAUUUAAAAAUCAACUAUAAUUGCACCAGAAGAGCUAAAUGGGAUACUAAAUUGGGCUAUCAAAAAUUCCCUUCGCCUAUUUUAUUACCAAUUCACACGAUCAAUCCGUUCGGAGGAAUUAUUGCUGGUAUCGAUGUUUGUAUAGCGAGGGUUUAUCCGCUUAGAUACUUGGAUAAAACAGAACCUAAAUCAGUAUGGAGAAACGAAAAGGCAGAACAGAGAAAAGCUCAACAGUGGGAAAGUUACGCAUAUGAAAGAAUGGAGAGAAUUGCUGAAGGAAUGCAAAAAGAAAUGGAAAUAAUUAACAACAACGUUCAUAAGAAAGAUAAUAUUCGAAUGAAUAAUAUGUGCAUGCAAGCUAAUAUCAAGAGAGAUGUAGUAUCAAAUUUAAAACUCCUAUUAGUCGAUUUAAACGGAAGCCCUACUAGGGCUUUUAAUUUUUUUCUAUGGGGUCCGCCUGAGAAUGUAAUUCAAAUGUUCAAAGAAGGAAAAUGCUUUACCAUCUACAAUAUCCUUCCAAAAAAAAACGGCGACUUGUACGCAUCCAACAAAACCAUCUUCAAAGAAAAACCUCCCGUAGAUCACAUGAGUUUGAUAUUCAAGCGGAAACUGAUACCCAUACGAGAAUUGAACGACUUGAAAUUCUCGCAAAACUUCAGCGACUUCGAUACAGUGGGAGUCGUCGUGGAGGUGUCUUCCGACACCGAUUACCAAGAAAUAUGGCUGUGCGAUGUUUCAGGACGGUUGCUGCUGAUAAAAAUAUACGAAUCAUCAUCGACUUGCUCGCUGCUGGAUAAUGUGAAAAGGGGCCAAGUGACAUCGGUUUGUAAUCUGGCGUACGGUCGAUUCGAAAACGAGGUUUGCCUGGCGAUUGCCAAUCAUUUGACGAUUUUUUCCUCCUAUCCGAGAUAUAAGCAUCUGCAAGAAGGCCUCGAUGAGCUCAGGAGUAAUUUACCGCAGGAUUUGGCAGGGGUAUUGAAAGAGUGUAAUAAUAAAAUCGAGAUCUUUAAGCAAAAGAGUUUCAAAAAUAAAUCGACUGUUGCUAAACAAGAUGAUGAGGAAGACGCUCUAUCAACUUCUAGGCUUACCAGUACUGACAUUGCUUUAUCUUUAAUAGAUUUCGAUCAAUUUCUUUAA